UAAAACAAAUAAAAAACGGUCAUCAAUCAACUGCUGAAUUAUACGUGGAACUCCGCCACUCACGUUUCGAUAAUCCCAAGGGUAGCUAAAUUAGUUUUUGGCUGUGCCGCCGCCACCACAGCCACCACCGAAGAUGACGGAGGAUGACGGAGGAUCAGUAGCCCGGGUGGAUGAGCGCCCGUGUACGUGCUGCUUGAAAAAGGAGGACCACCAGUCGAACUGCUCGCAAUGCCGGCGUCGAUCGUUGAAUUCGAGCUUGCCGUCUUCGUCGUCUUCGUGCUCUUUGCUGAGCUUUGAGUCAUAUCCUGUUCAGGAUUAUGAUAAGCUGUGGAGAGUGUAUACAGCGUCCGUCAAAGGCUUCUCCAUCGGCGCAGGCCUCAAAGGUGGUCUCGCGCUCUUCUCUUUCCUCUCUCGCCUCCGCCGCAGACGAUCUCUUCCCUCCUCCAAGAAAUUGGAAAUGGCAUCAACUAGUGAAGAUGUGAUUUUGGCAUUGAAGGAGACCUUGAGAUACGGACUAUUCCUUGGUGCAUUUGCAGGGACAUUUGUAUCUGUGGAUGAAAUUAUAGCUGCUUUGGGAGGUCACCGUAGAACUGCCAAAUGGAGGUCUUUGCUGGCCGGGGCCAUAGCAGGACCAUCUAUGCUGCUUACUGGCUUGAAUACCCAGCACACAAGCUUAGCGAUUUACAUUCUCAUGCGUGCCACUGUAUUGGCAUCACGAUGGGGGAUAAAAAGCGAGAAAUUUGGGAGAAUUUGUAAGCCUCUUACGUGGGCACAUGGAGAUAUUUUCCUUAUGUGUCUCUCCUCUUCGCAGAUUUUGUCUGCUUACAUAUUGAAGCAAGGUAGUCUGCCUCCAUCUUAUAAGUCAUUUCUUAAUAAACAUGGAGCAAAGGAUUCUGUCAUCCUGCAAGGUGUGCGAGAGAUUGCAUGUGGCAUGCCUUUCAAAAAUUUGGGGGCAAUAGAGAAAUAUUACAAGUCCAUUGGUGUUGAUGUUAAGCUAGAUCCAGAAAUGAAAAUCCCUUGCUCGAUUAUACAUGGGAAUCAAUCAUGUGGGACACAUUUUCUUUUGUUUCUUCUUCAAGCAUAUAAAAGAGCGUUACCAGUUUAUCUUCCUGUCUAUCUAAUUCCUGCACUGAUAGUACAUCGCCAAGGUCUCCUGAAAAGGCCUCACACAAUCUUAUGGAAAGGUCUUUUUGGUACUGCAAGAUCGAGCUUGUUUCUCUCGAUGUAUUGUUCAUCUGCAUGGAUAUGGACAUGCUUCCUGUUUAGGAUUUUCAAGAAAUGCAACAUUCCUAUGGUGGCAAUGGGAACGUUUCCAACUGGCCUAGCCCUGGCCAUUGAGAAGAAGAGUAGAAGGAUAGAGAUAUCAUUAUACUGCCUUGCUCGAGCUAUUGAAAGCUUCUUCACAUGCAUGGCUGAUGUAGGAUACUUACCUCAGUCGAAAAACUUGAAGAGAGCUGAUGUUGUCGUCUUUAGCAUUUCAACUGCAAUUAUUAUGCACUGUUAUGCUAUAGAGAGGGAUGUCUUUCGAUCAAAAUACUUGAAUGUUCUUGAUUGGGUUUUCGGCGUGCCUCUUCCCCCAUAUGAAACGACCCCACGUAAGAAGACAUAAUACUAUUGCAUUGUUUUGAGGUUCGAAGGGGACCCAGGAAUUUAGUCGUUAAUUUCCCCCAAGUAAUGAGGUGGAAUAAUCUCCAAGUCGAUAUUGCAAGAAGCCGAAGAACUUGUGCAUUUGGCUAUGGUAGAAAUGCUUCACCAUUUUGUUCCCACAUACUUGGACAAGCUUUACAUAGAGCAAAAGAAAAGAGUAGGGGCAUAUACCUAAUUCUCUCUUGUGGGAGGUUGAUUUUGAGAAGAUAGCAAACAGAUUUUUUUUCUUUUUAAUUUAUUUUUUUAUUAUAGACACAUAAAACCGUGAUUUUUUAUUUGCUUUUUAAGUGGUGGCCAAAUGACAAUAGCUCAUUCAUACUUUGUAUUGCUAUAAUUUUGGGAAAAUCAUUACAGAUGUUUAACUCACGAGUUCUACAGAACACAGAUGAACAUUUGAUGACAUUGGAUU